CGCUGUACCUGUCAAGCGGGGUUGGGUAAAGGUAUUAUUGAGAUUGUCCCCUUGGCUUUGCUUGUUUUCGUGUAGGUGGAUUUUAUAAAGGAGCCGGACCUACUGCCGUAUAUCGUUCUACCUAAAAACCUGUCACCGUGGUAGUUGGGUUGGCCGACUGUCUGGUACGCCGUGGCCUGCCGACCUUGGAUAGGGAGAAACGUGUGAAUUCCCACGGUCGGGAAAGAGGGUAGGAAGUGGCUCAGCGUCAUCGGGGAGAUUUUACACAAUGAUCGGAGAUCGGGAGUCAUUCAGGACUUGCCCCUGACGGAUUUUAAAACAGUUCUGCGUAUUUCUGUUCCUUGGAUUAAGUAUUUUAGUAGAGGCUUCUGAGACUUUGUCUCGGCUCUUCGUGGAGCAACACUGAGACGGUCUACGCAUCAUCAUCAUCUAAAAGUUUAUAGUCAAGCCCUUGGCUGUAUUUCUUACUUGGAGGGGUGUUGUAUGCGAUACUGUGUCCAGUUGGCGUCAAUGUCUAACAGGUGCCUUGAGAGGUCAAUUAGUUUGAUGGUGUAAAUCCGCCAUCAUGUCAGUGAGUCGACUACGCAUCCCGUUGACAUGGCUGCUAGCAGCCUCACUUCUUGCCAUUCUCGGUCACGUGACUGCUCAAACAAAUCCUUGCCAACAACAACUGUGUGUCAACGGUGGCAUCUGUCGCCGGGCCUAUCUACAACCCGGCUACAUCUGCGAGUGCACGGGCGACUGGCAGGGACAGAACUGCGAGCAGAGGUUCCCCGGAACAUCUCCAGCAAUGCCCAAACAGUGUGGUGUCAACUCCUACGGUGAAUCGGGAACCAUCACAUCGCCCAACUAUCCACAGCUGGAGCCGCAUAAUCAAAACUGCUACUACCUCGUUCGGAUCCCCUCGGCCUUGUCCAUUUCUUUUCAGUUCAGGGCGUUCAGCUCCGAACCAUUCAAGGACGAACUUUACAUCAUUCCUGGCACGUUGGUGGAUACAAACUCGCCUAGUGUUCGGAUAUACAACGGGACACUACCUGCAGAUCUGCCGGUGCAGGUCUUCCAGACCAACCAGCUGGUUCUGUAUUGGCUUACAGACCACAACGUGCAGAGUCCAGGUUUCUCCAUUGAUUAUUCCAUCGAUCCGGACCCAUGUUGGGUGAAUCCAUGUCAGAAUGGGGGAGCAUGUACGACCAUUGGGAGGGACUACUCCUGCACUUGUUUGCCAGACUUCACUGGAAACGAUUGUCAAACAGGUACCGUUAUCGUUUCCCAGACGAGCAUCAGCAUCAGUGUAGGGAACACGCUUUCCGAGGGGCGCAUCAGUCAUACUUUGACCUUUGACCUGACAUUCACCCCUGGGCAAACUCUCUUCAGCCUGACGGGAACCGGUCUGUGGAGUGUCACACUGUUUCUGACGGACGGCGGUACAAACAGAGUAGCUUCACAGGUCGUACCUCUGAGCAGCCAGCAAAGCAACGUUGCAUGGUCACCGCCUUCAAGUUCCAUCAUACGCACCAUACAAACCACGGUCAAUCUGAAUGCGCUAUCCUGCCCCCAGAUGCGCUCUGUCUGCGCUAUGAUAGGUCAGGGUUCGAAUCCCGCCCCGCCCUUCUUAAUGAGGGGCACACCUAACGAGAAUGCCCUGAUUGGCUGCACACAGGUGCAAUGUCGAGGUGUGGAAGCAACCAGUGUCACUUUUGGUGGUACCCUUAAUGAUUUACGUGAGGGCGUCAGCUCCCAGGCUCUUAGCUUCGACAUGACCAUGUCCACCAACCCUCAAGCCGGUUCGGUCUCCGGCUCUAACCUCUGGAAGAUCACUCUGUACGGCAGCACCCAGGCUAAUGGGUUAGGAACCCAGGUCUUGAGGACCCAGCUCACCCUGAACCCAUCCCAGGCCGGGGCUAGCACGGAUCUGAGCGGUAAUGUGCAAUUCUUCAGCCUCCAGACCGCGCUAAGCCUCGUGGGAUUGGUCUGCUCCCAGGUGCGCUAUAUCUGUGUCACGAUUGAAAAGAGCGAGAACCCAACGCCUCAGUUCACGCUAACUGGGAUGCCAUCCGACGCUGUGCUCACUGCAUGCCAAGCCACGACCUGCAAUGGAGUUCAAGUAACUAGUACCUCGAUUUCAAUUACCUCUGGCACUCCUGUCAUCGAGCGACGCUCCAACACUCUCGCCUUCAGUCUGUCCAUCCAGACCAACUCUGACGGGGGUAGCGUCAGCGGACAAAACCUCUUCAGCAUACAGACCUUUGGCAGUAACAGCUUGACGGGUACCAGUGUCAGGAUCUCAGAACGGCGAAUCCAGGGAAGUACCGGUAUUACGGCCGGACGUUUAGCCACCAUACCCAACCUGUCGACCACUAUGGAUCUCAGUGGCAGACUCUGUCAGGAUAUCGUCGCGCUGUGCACAGAACUGGCCAAGAAUGCGCAGGCUAACCCGGACUUCACCUUGGAUCCCAUUCCUAACAGUGGCGUGCUGCAGGAAUGCAUUAACAUCGAAUGCAGAGGUGUCUUCAUCCAGACCAUGGAUGUUGUAGUCACUAGUGGCGUGCCGGUUCUCUAUGGCAACCGCAACCAAAUGUUGACCUUUAACCUUCGCGUCCAGGCCAACACUCCUAGCGCCAGCAUCUCUGGGUUCAACCUGUGGAGACUGAUUGUCUAUGCCAACAACCGGCUGGAUGGCUCGGGCCCCAGGAUUGGUCAAGUCCAGGUCACGCUGUCCUCGGCUCAACAGAACACUGCGAUCAGCGCGGGGCAGGCGGUGAACCUCAACAACUUGGACUUGACAAUGGACCUGAGUUCAGUCACCAGCUGCGCUGACAUUGCCUACCUGUGUGUGGAGUUACAGAAGAGUUCGAACCCAAGCCCAGCUUUCACACUGCAAGGCAGCACGACAAGAUGCAUACAGGUCCAAUGUGCAAUGUUCAACCCUUGUGGAUCUAACCCAUGCCAGAAUGGUGGAGCCUGCAGUAAUGUUGGAAGUGCAUUCACCUGCAGCUGUGCCAAUGGAUGGACUGGUCCAUUGUGCCAACAGGCUGUGAAUGCAUGCAAUGGCAUUGUCUGUCGCAAUGGUGGAGUGUGCAUAGACAGUCAGUUCUCAUAUGUAUGUCGCUGUACACUGGGAUGGCAAGGACAGUUCUGUGAGCUUGUAGAUAAUGGUAUCCAAAUUACCACCACGACUCUGAGUCUGACGUCGGGCACCAUCCGUGAGAACACCGCCCAGAACAGGCUAACGUUGUCUGUUGUCCUCACCAACAGUCAGUCUGGUUCCACCUUGCCCACUGGAAGUGGCUACUGGCAGGUCAACUUCUUCACCAGCUUGCAAGCCAAUGGCCAGGGCCAGCGCUUCAACCAACAAAGCCUGAACCUAGACGCCUUGCAAUCGGGCCUUGGAAUCACCUCGGGUGGGGUUCUAACCCUGUCCGGCGUUCAAAGUAUCCUGAACCUUCAAGGACAAUCGUGCAGCAGCGUGCCGUAUGUCUGCGUGGAGAUACAGAAGGGCAAUAACCCGUCGCCAGAUUUCCUUUUGAGCGGUUCGCUGAUUGCGUGCCAGGAGACCAACUGCAUAGGUGUGCAAGUGAUUCAGGUGACAGGGAGCAUCACCAGCGGACAGACACUCCUGAUUGGUCAGAAUAGCCACACUAUUAACAUGAACAUCAUUGUCCGUGCAUCAAGUAAUGGGGCUAGCAUCAGUGGAUCCAAUCUAUGGACGGCACAGGUUUUCACUAACACAUUACAGAGCGGCGCAGGCACUACCGUACUGCAGCAAAACGCCGUACUGUCCAAUCAGGCGGUGAGCUUGGAUCUCAUUGCUGGGGGCAGUAUUACCCUGAGUGGGGCAACGGUGACCUUUGACCUGUCCACAGUGACCUCGUGUCAACAGGUGUCCUUUCUGUGUGUCCGACUUGGAAAGAACCCCCUAGCUUCCCCAGAUUUCACUCUGACUGGAGUUCCGGACAAUUUCAUUCUGACACACUGCCAAACAGCAUUAUGUCAAGUGCCAUCUCCAUGUGAUUCACACAACUGUCAGAACGGUGCAGUAUGUCAAGUGACGGGAACCAGCUAUAUUUGUGUAUGUGCUAACGGCUGGGGAGGAGACCGGUGCACACAAGGUGUCCAAAUCGUUAACAUCAAUUUAAGAGUGGUAUCCACCAACGAUGUCAGAGAGCGCAACACAAACAAUCCCUUGACCCUUGACCUCACCAUCACCACCAAUCCCAACGGCGGUAGCGUAUCCGGCACUCGGCUCUGGCGCUUGACCGCGUUCCUCAGUACGCAACCUGACGGCUCGGGACCGGAGUACUCCACUACCACAAUACAGCUCUCCGAUGCCCAAGCCAGUACCGGUCUCCAAGCGGGAGUGACCGCCACCAUUUCGUCCCUCCAGACCAACGCCAACACGGCUCAGAGUAACCUCAUGUGCGGUCAGUUUGGCUACAUCUGUGUCCGACUGGAACGAGGGCCCAAUCCAUCUGUGAAUUUCCAGUUAGGUGACGGCAGCCAGUCUUACGUGGCUUGUGCUCCUGCCAACUGUCGAGGAGUUGAGAUCACAGACGUCGUGGCUACCAUCGUGUCCGGCGAGCCGGUCAACACAGAAACCACCAGCAACAAUCUUGUCUUCAAUGUCCAGGUUUCCUCGUCCCCCUCUGGAGCCAGCGUGAGCGGCUCCAAUCUCUGGCAAGUUAUCGUCUUCUCAGACACCCAGUUGAACGGUCAAGGCCAAACGGUCAUCCAAGCUCAGGCCACUCUCCCAGGCAACACUGCCAGUACCUUCCUACAAGCCGGAGUGGACAUGGUCCUGCGGUCAGUCCAAGUCAACCUAGACCUGACCCAGAUAUCCUGCAAUCAGAUCCCGUACAUCUGCGUCCGGUUCCUGAAAGCGACAAACCCCGGCCCUAAUCCCGACUACACCUUCACUGCUGUACCCUCGGAUGAUGUCUUGCUGCACUGCCAAGCACUUGACUGCAUGGACCCCUCGUCUUGCAUUGGUCAUCUGUGUGAGAACGGCGGACAGUGCAUGGACCUAGGUUCCGGUAGUUAUAGGUGUCUGUGUACACCGGGCUGGACAGGGCUGUACUGUAGCGUAGUUGCGGACUAUUGUCUGACCACGCAAACACCUUGCUUUAAUGGCGGGCAGUGCAUCAACCUAGCGGAUCGCUACCAGUGUAACUGCCAACAGGACUGGGUCGGCCCGCGCUGCCGAAUAGAUAACCCCUGCUUGCCAACCAACCCCUGCAUCAACGGCGGAACAUGCUUUUCCGAUCAGUCUGGGAUCUACACGUGCAACUGCCCGCCUGGAUACAGCGGUAACAACUGCCAAAUCACACCAGAUCCGUGUAUAUCAGACCUUUGUCAAAACGGUGCCAGGUGUGAACGGAUCGGAACAGGGUCGGACUACCAGUGUUUUUGUCAGAAUGGCUUUGCGGGAAGAUACUGUAACAUUACGCUAGAUCCCUGCGAUAGUAGCCCGUGUUUUAAUGGAGGCACCUGUAGCCGUGUGGGUACGCUGUAUGUCUAUCAGUGUCAGUGCCCCAACGAAUAUACGGGAACCAACUGCCAAACGUUGAGGGAUCCGUGUGCUACUAAUCCCUGCUUGAAUGGCGGCAUCUGCUCAAGGCAGGGGUCGACAAACUUUGUGUGUCAGUGCUCUUUGGGUUACACUGGUACCACAUGUAACAUCAGGCAAGAUCCCUGCGCCAGCAAUCCAUGCCGGAACAAUGGCGUCUGCUCAAGGGUGGGAACCAGCUUUGUCUAUCAGUGCCAGUGCGUACAGGGCUACACGGGUACCAACUGCGAAAUACCAAAUGCUUGCGUUAGUAAUCCGUGCCAAAACGGAGGUCAAUGUAGCCAGCAAGGUGCGGGUUACCAGUGUCAAUGUCAACCGGGAUGGGGCGGCCCCACCUGCAACAUCAGACAGAAUCCCUGUGCCAGCAAUCCAUGUCAGAACAAUGGCGGCUGCUUAUGGGGGGGAACCAGCUUUGUCUAUCAGUGCCAGUGCUUGCAGGGCUACACGGGUACCAACUGCGAAAUACCAAAUGCUUGCGUCAGUAACCCGUGCCAAAACGGAGGUCAGUGUAACCAGCUAGGUGCCGGGUACCAGUGUCAAUGUCAACCAGGAUGGGGCGGCCCCACCUGCAACAUCAGACAGAAUCCCUGUGCCAGCAAUCCAUGCCUGAACAAUGGCGGCUGCUUAUGGGGGGGAACCAUCUUUGUCUAUCAGUGCCAGUGCGUGCAGGGCUAUACGGGUACCAACUGCGAAAUACCAAAUGCUUGCGUAAGUAAUCCGUGCCAAAACGGAGGUCAGUGUAACCAGCUAGGUGCCGGGUACCAGUGUCAAUGUCAACCAGGAUGGGGCGGCCCCACCUGCAACAUCAGACAGAAUCCCUGUGCCAGCAAUCCAUGCCUGAACAAUGGCGGCUGCUUAUGGGGGGGAACCAUCUUUGUCUAUCAGUGCCAGUGCGUGCAGGGCUAUACGGGUACCAACUGCGAAAUACCAAAUGCUUGCGUAAGUAAUCCGUGCCAAAACGGAGGUCAGUGUAACCAGCUAGGUGCCGGGUACCAGUGUCAAUGUCAACCGGGAUGGAGCGGUCCCACCUGCACUAUCAUACUGAAUCCCUGUGUCAGUACCCCGUGUCUGAAUGGAGCCACAUGCAGCCAAUCCGGUACCGACUUCACUUGCCAGUGUGCAGCAGGCUACACCGGCACAAACUGCGGAGUCAUACAGAACCCGUGUAACAACAACCCAUGUCAAAAUGGCGGCUUUUGCAGCUGGCAGGGUCAGGUCUUAAUCUAUCAGUGUCAGUGCCAGACAGGUUACGGCGGCAACAACUGCCAAAUAAUCACUAAUCCCUGUGUUAAUACCCCGUGUCUGAAUGGAGCCACAUGCAGCCAAUCCGGUAGUGACUUCACUUGCCAGUGUGCAGCAGGCUACACCGGCACAAACUGCGGAGUCGUACAGAAUCCGUGUAACAACAACCCGUGUCAAAAUGGCGGCGUCUGCAGCUGGCAGGGUCAGGCCUUAGUCUAUCAGUGUCAGUGCCAGCCAGGUUACAGCGGCAACAACUGCCAAAUAAUCACUAAUCCCUGUGUUAAUACCCCGUGUCUGAAUGGAGCCACAUGCAGCCAAUCGGGUAGUGACUUCACUUGCCAGUGUGCAGCAGGCUACACCGGCACAAACUGCGGAGUCAUACAGAACCCGUGUAACAACAACCCGUGUCAAAAUGGCGGCUUCUGCAGCUGGCAGGGUCAGGCCUUAGUCUAUCAGUGUCAGUGCCUGCCAGGUUACAGCGGCAACAACUGCCAAAUAAUCACAAACCCGUGUGACAACAACCCGUGUCAAAAUGGUGGCUUUUGCAGCUGGCAGGGUCAAGCCUUAAUCUAUCAGUGUCAGUGCCAGCCAGGUUACAGCGGCAACAACUGCCAAAUAGUCACUAACCCGUGUGACAACAACCCAUGUCAAAAUGGCGGCUUCUGCAGCUGGCAGGGUCAAGCCUUGAUCUAUCAGUGUCAGUGCCUGCCAGGUUACGGCGGCAACAACUGCCAAAUAAUCACAAAUCCCUGUGUUAAUACCCCGUGUCUGAAUGGAGCCACAUGCAGCCAAUCCGGUACUGACUUCACUUGCCAGUGUGCAGCAGGCUAUACAGGCACAAACUGUGGAGUCGUACAGAAUCCAUGUACUCUUAGCCCAUGUCAGAACGGCGGCACGUGUCAAUGGUUUGGACAAGUGUCGACCUAUCAGUGUUUAUGCCUGCAAGGAUACAACGGCAACAACUGCCAAAUCAUACAAGAUCCGUGCAACAGCAACCCGUGUCUGAACAACGGACUCUGCCAGUGGCCUGGUACAAGUUUCACUUACUCCUGCCAGUGCACCUUGGGGUACACCGGAGUAAAUUGUGGCACAGCUCAGAAUCCGUGCGACAGUAACCCUUGUGUCAAUGGAGGGGCAUGCAGUUGGCAGAUUCCUAACUACCGUUACGUGUGUCAGUGCCCAUCGACGCAUACCGGUAUCAACUGUCAAACCCCUCUGGGUUCUUGCUUCUCCAGCCCAUGCCAGAAUGGUGGAACGUGUUUCAAUUUGGACCAGGGGGUGGGAUACUUCUGUAGCUGUUUCUCCAACUACAAAGGACCAAACUGCCAAUAUCCCGACCCUUGCUCAUCCUUCCCGUGUCAAAACAGUGGAGCGUGCUCAUCGAACCAAGUUGGCUCAAUCUACACCUGCAGUUGCUUGGCAAACUUCCAAGGAAUCAACUGUCAAUAUCCAAAUCCUUGCAGCUCGCAGCCCUGUCAGAACUCGGGGGUAUGUGUACCAAAUAGCCUUGGCUCCUCCUACACCUGCAACUGUAACCCAGGCUUCAUCGGUGUUCACUGCCAGUUUUCAAAUCCCUGUUUCUCGAAUCCAUGCUUCAAUAAUGGACAGUGUGCGACAGACAACAUCGGCUCUAGAUACACAUGCAAUUGCCUGGCGGGCUACGUCGGCGACCACUGCCAACUCAAUGAUCCGUGCUUGCCAAAUCCAUGUCAGAAUGGGGCCAUAUGUUCCCUGGCGAACGGCGGACUGAGCUACGAAUGUAGCUGCCUCAAUGGCUUCUUUGGGACAAACUGCCAAAUACCAGAUCCUUGUAAUACUCGUCCUUGUCUUAACGACGGUACAUGCACGGCCAUCAACGGUGGGCUGAACUUCGCCUGCAUUUGCCAGCAACAGUACAUGGGAAACACCUGCCAAUACCCAAAUCCGUGCUACUCUUUCCCCUGUCAAAACAGCGGGACCUGCGAACCCCACCCCCUGGGGACCAGUUAUACCUGUGUUUGUCCGCCUGACUUCCAAGGCCAAAGAUGCGAGAACAGAAAUCCCUGUUCCUCUAACCCUUGUCUGAAUAAUGGUGCAUGCCAAGUCGGUAUCGGAGGUACGUCCUUCUUCUGUAACUGCCCUUCACAGUUCUUGGGACCGCGCUGCCAAAAUCUCGAUCCCUGUCUCUCCACUCCGUGUCUUAAUGGAGGUGUCUGCACGUAUCAAGCGCAGGGUCUGCUCUACUCCUGUACCUGCCCACCUCAUUAUUUUGGCAUGAACUGUGAAAUCCUCGAUGCUUGUAGCUCCAACCCCUGUCUGAAUGGUGGCAUCUGUAACCCAUCCUCAUUCGGUUUCACUUGCACCUGUGCACCGGGCUAUACUGGUACCACCUGCACUAUUAGCGAGCCUUGCGGCCGCUUGCCGUGCCUUAACGGGGGCACGUGCUACGACAGCACAGGUCCUACUGGCUUCUUCUGCCGAUGUACCUCCAGCUUCAUCGGUGAUACCUGCCAAAUUCCUGACUUAUGCAGCUUUAGCCCCUGUCUGAACGGGGGGACGUGUAGCAACAUCCCCGCAGCCAACGAUUUUCGCUGUGCGUGCCCAUUUGGGCACUCAGGAAAGAGAUGUGAAAUGUUUAACCCCUGCAGCUCCAAUCCGUGUCAGAACGGCGGCACCUGUAACAGGGAUAGUCUCGGUACGAUCUACAACUGUAACUGUGUUGUCGGCUAUGAUGGUACAAACUGCGAGUUCGGACCAGGUUGUUUUAGCAGCACCUAUUUCCACUGUGUGAGUGGUGAGUGCGUUCCAAGCUCUCGUCAGUGCGAUCAGAGUUUCGACUGCCAGGACGGUUCAGAUGAAGCUUCCUGUCAACGCCAAUGCACCAAUCAGGAGUUCCGAUGCACAGGCGGGACCUGUAUUAACAUUCAGCUGGUUUGUAACGGCAUCAACGAUUGCACGGAUGGAUUGGACGAACAAAACUGCCCGUCGGCCUGCGAUUCAUCACCGUGUCUAAAUGGCGGCGUGUGCGAAAAUGCCGGGACUAUCUACAUCUGCACCUGUGCCCAAGGAUGGACUGGAACAACAUGCAGUCAAGUGGUGAGCAGUUCAAACGAUCCGCCAUCUUUCGUAAAUCAAGUGAUAUCGAUUGAAAUCCGGGAGGACACUGUGGCAGGUACCACUCUUGUUGAACUCCGUGCCACUGACCCUGACAGCGACACUUUGACCUUUGGCCUGUACGACUUCACCGCCCAGCAGCUCUUUGUAAUUGUUCCAAACCCAAACGACCCCAAGUCUGCGUUUUUGACCCUGAAGGGGUCGCUAGAUAGAGAGGUUCAAUCCGACUACACUUUUGUAGUUUCAGUUACUGAUGAUGGAGGAAACGAGGUUAUUCACAGUGGCACGUUGCUUUUGUCUGAUGUUAACGACAACGCACCGACAUUUACUAAUCUUCCUAACGUCACCACCGUCUACGAGAACGCUAAUGUUGGCUUUCAAGUAUUCUACGUGGACGCAACGGACCCUGAUCUAUCCCUAAGUGGCUUGGUCACAUACACCAUUACCGAGGGAAUGGACGCGCCUUUCUUCAUCAACUUAUACAAUGGUAUUGUCCAUGUGACGGGUCCUCUCGACUAUGAGACAGACCAAGUCUACAAUUUGGCCAUCACGGCAUCGGACAACAAAGUACCAUUUCAUGAGGACCAGGGUACCAACAGCCUGAGCACCACAAUGAGGCUGACGAUACAAGUUCUGGACGUGCAAGACACGGGACCAAUUUUCAUCGACACGCCAUAUGAUAGGACAAUCAACGAAGGAACGCCAUUGAAUACCGUUGUGGUGACAGUAACAGCGGUGGAUCAGGAUACCGUCAAUGCAAAUAAUAUCACCUAUACAAUCCUCGCAGGAAACAUGGGCAACUAUUUCAGCUUGGAUGAGACCACCGGGCAACUCACAUUAGUCAGAGAGGUCGACAGUGAAAAUCUCAACACACCAUCAUCAGUGAACAUCAUUGUCAGGGCCAUUGAGACGGGUACAAAUGGCGGCACAUCAGCUGUCAACAAUUUCACCAUCACGAUUAAUGAUAUUGACGAUGAGCCACCUUUGUUCAACCAAUCAACGUACUCGGUCAGCGUGUCUGAGGCUGAGAACCCAGGCUUUGUGUUGCCAGUUGGAAUCCAAGUCAGCGAUGGUGAAAUUACGAUUCAAGGCAAUUUCCGCAUCACCCUCCAAAACAGCAACAUCGUGCCAUUUUCGGUCUCCCCCUCGUCAGCAGUGGACCAGACCAGAGUCACCGUGACUCUGAUUCGUCCGUUGGACUAUGAGACCACGAAGAGCUACGACCUAGUGAUUAACGCACAAGAUACGGCCACCAGUACUGCUACAGUUGUUGUCACGGUAACAGAUGCCAAUGACAACGACCCCAUCUUCACUCAUGGCACCCAGACGAUAGCCUUGGAGGAAGGCGCACCAAUGAACACCAUGGUUACCACGGUAACGGUAACCGAUGCAGAUGAGGGCAUCAAUGAAGAGACCGAGUUCAGCAUCAUUGGUGGCAAUCAGGAGGGUUUGUUCACUAUUAACCCAACCACUGGCGUGGUCACGACAACCUCAGUCAUCGACUAUGAAAACUCGGCGAGAACAUACACACUGACAGUACAGGCACGCAACACCCAGCCUGCGGUAUCGCCAGCGGAUGGUGUUAGUGAAGUCACUGUGGUAGUGACCAUUACAGAUAUCAAUGACAGCCCGCCGGUAUUCCAACAGCCAAACUACUUGAUACAGAUCAUUGAGUUUGUGCUGGAGCUCUCGGAUACCGGUCUGACCAUUGGCCGUGUGAUAGCUGACGAUGCGGACUCUGGAGCCGCUGGCGAGGUGACCUACACCAUCCUCAGUGGCAACGACGAUGGAACUUUCUCGGUCAAUCCGGGCAAUGGUAACAUUGUCCUGUUGAAGCCUCUUGACCGCGAGACCGUCCCAAUCUACAAUAUCACCAUCCGGGCUCAGGACAAUGCAGCGCCCCCACUCAGUGCCACGACAUACGUGGUCAUCGAGGUGCGCGACUUUAACGACAACGACCCGCAGUGGGUGACGAAUCAGUACGCAGCGUCCGUGGUUGAGGGACAACCAGCUGAUACAUUUGUCAUCCAGGUAAUGGCCACGGAUGCCGACAUUGGCUUGAAUGCAUUGCUGAGGUACGAGUUGGCAGUCCCCAGCCAGUACUUAUACAUCAACCAGACAUCUGGGCAGAUUUACACCAGGGUGCCGCUGGAUCGAGAACAGACAGAAACGAUUGUAGUUAACGUCCUAGCCAGAGACAGUGGUAACCCAUCGCGCUCCUCAGCCCAGCUUGCUGUAGUCACAGUCACCGUGCUGGAUAUCAAUGACACACCGCCCACGUUCACUGGUGCCCCAUUCAGGUUUGAGGUGGCCGAAAAUGAACCAGCUGGGACAUUUGUGGGAGAGGUGACAGCAAAUGACCCAGAUACCAUUGGCACGUUGGUUUACACCUUCACGUCCCCGCAAACCCAGUUCCUAAUCGACCAAGCAAGCGGUCGCAUCACAACCAUCAACUCGCUAAACCGUGAGCAGCAAGACCGGUACGAGGUGGAAGUUCAAGUCACGGACGGGACGUUUGAAGCCACGGCAGAUGUCGUCAUUGUGGUGACGGACGUGAACGACAACCAACCAAUGUUCAGCCAAGCGAUAUAUCCAGUGACGGUUGUUGAAAAUACGCCAGCUGGGAUCAUACUAAACCUCAUGGCUAAUGAUACAGAUAUAGGCCUUAACAGCGCUAUCAUCUACCAGUUUGAUCAGUCCGGAAACACCCCAAUAGGUCCCUUCUUUCUGGAUCGGGUUACCGGUGCACUGAGGACUACCAGCCCCCUUGACCGUGAAACCCAGGACUCGUACACUUUGGUCGUCAAUGCGAUAGAUCGAGAAGGGGGGACAGGCAGCUUGCAGGCCGUGGCCACUGUUCUCGUCACGGUGACAGACGUGAACGAUAACCGGCCUGUGUUUGAUUUCCAGAACUAUGCUGACACGGUGCCUGAAGACGCGGCCGAGGGGCAGGAGAUUAUACAGGUUGGAGCCACCGACAGAGACAUCGGUGACAACGCCGUCAUCUUGUACCGCAUCAUCCAAGGCAACAAUGACAACAACUUCCAGAUCGAUGCAACUAAUGGCAUCAUCUCACGAGGCCCCACACCACUGGACAGGGAGACCAAGGAUUCCUACGUCCUGACCGUGGAGGCUUACAAUGAUGGUGAUCUGCCUCCUAGAAAUACUGCGGCUGUCACCAUCACCGUCACCGACGUGAACGACGAGGUGCCGCACUUCACUCAGGAUGUCUACCUGAAGCCUGAUCUGCUAGAGAAUGCCGACGCACGUACCGUGGUGGCAACGGUGUCAGCGAAUGACCCGGACUUGGGACAGGGCGGACAGAUCCUGUACAGCAUCACUGGUGGCAACGAUGGCAACCAUUUCAUCAUCGAUUCCGUCACCGGCGUCAUCAGGGUACUCGGUUCCCUACCAGACUACAGCAUCAAAUCAACCUACAAUCUGACGGUCACGGCGCGGGACCAGGCCCAGCCUUUCCAUACCUCCCAGGCUAGAGUCAUGGUCCUGCUGGUCGACGCUCAGGAUGACCCACCGGAGUUCACCAUGACGCGGUACGAGGUCAACUUGACGGAGAAUGUCGGGGAAGGGUUCCCGUUCUUGCAGGUUAUGGCCCAAGUACCAGGCAAACCCAACAGCAUAGUCACCUAUAGUCUGGAUUCCAACGUCAACCCAUCUAUACUCCAACUAUUUGACGUGGACCCUAUAACGGGUUGGCUGACGACUAAAGGAACCAUUGACUACGAGACUGGCCUGCCUCUGUACACGUUCACUGUGCUAGGAGUCAAUGACGGCACAUUGCCUGGAUCUGCUGCAGUCUGGGUGUACAUCCAAGACGUGAAUGACAACGCUCCAGUUUUUGUGAACUACCCUACCAGUGCGGUGACGGUUGAUGAAAACAAGGCUGGUGGGUUUGUGGUUGCCACGGUAUCAGCCAAUGACGUGGACUCGGGCCUCAACGGAAACGUUGUCUAUGAGAUCACUGGAGGGAAUGACGAGGGGCAUUUUGACAUCAUCGCAAACAACGGAGAGGCGUUGAUUGUCACUACGACCGAACUGGACAGGGAGACCAUUGAGAGCUACAUGCUAACCAUCACGGCAUCAGAUCAAGGUGUUCCAGUGAUGAAUUCCUCCAUCUUCAUCGAUGUGGUUGUAAAUGAUUUGAACGACAAUCCACCAGGCUUCAAUCAGACCAGCUACAAUGCAACAGUUGAAGAGAAUGUCCUUCUCAACCGGCCAAUCACGACCGUCCUCAUCACCGACUUGGACACCCCUGCCUCCAACAAUAUAGUGUUCCAGAUUGACCCCGCAUCCAAUCCAAACGGGAUAUUCCAAAUCAACUCUCAGGGGGAGAUCACGAUCACGAGUCAGUUGGAUCGGGAGCUGCAAGCUUUCUAUGAUCUCAUUGUGGUGAUGACGGAUCCUACAUACAACCCUUCAUUCAUGGAGACGACCCACGUCUACGUGACAGUCCUAGACCAGAAUGACAAUCCACCAAUCUUCCCAGACCAGCCUCCGGUCAGCGUAACUGAGGGUCCAUCAUCCAUGGGUGAAAUCUUUGUCACUGUCACGGCCAAUGACGCCGACGUUGGCAAUAACUCCGAGAUGGUUUACACCAUCACCGGGGGCAACGGGGAGGGCAUCUUUGGUAUCCAUAGCAACAACGGUUCAAUCUACGUGAUCAAUGAGCUGGAUUGGGAGACAACACAAAGAUACGAGCUCAUCGUCACGGCAACCGACCAAGCCAUGAACAGCAAUGACAGAAGAUCAGGAACCGUCACUGUUGUCAUUGAUGUUGAAGAUAUCAACGACACUCCCCCACAGUUUCCCUCGGAUUACUUUGGCCCCUACAGCUUCUCUGAGGGCGUACCGGGGACCUACAUUGGGACGUUUGUUGCCGUUGACUCAGACAGUGGUGCUGGGGGCGAAGUGACGUACACCAUUAUCGGCGAAUAUAGUGAUUUGUUUGUCAUUGACCCAACCACCGGCGUUCUGACCCUGAAACCAACCGCACAGCUGGAUUAUGAGACUAGCCAAGCGUUCAAUAUCACCAUUGUGGCCACAGACGCUGGGGUACCGUCGCUGAACGGAACAACCAGUGUCGGCAUCAUCGUGGUAAGCAUCAACGACAACAGCCCCAAAUUCCAAGACACCCCCUACCGCACAGGCAUCAACGACACCACACCGGUGGACACAUGGGUGUACAAAGUGGUGGCCACAGACGAUGAUUCAGGCCCCGAGGGGAACAUCACCUACAGUAUCUUAAACGGAAACACUGGGGGAGUGUUCCGAAUUGACCCCCUGACUGGUGAUGUAUACGUCAACAAAACUUUGACCAACGGAGUUUACGUGCUUGUGAUCAAAGCACGGGACAAUCCCGAGAACCCAGCCAACGCAAGAGAGGUGACAGAGACACUGACCAUCUUAGUUGCCGAUUCCACCAGCAUCGUUCCCAUCUUCCCUGACGAUGGAACCUUCACGGGCAGCGUGCAGGAACACUCCACCGUUGGAACAUUUGUCAUGACCAUUUCUGUUGAGAAUGCAGCUGACGUCGGUGAUUUGAUAUACACCAUCAGCGGGCCUGACGCUGGCCCCUUCCUUAUCGACCCAUCAACAGGCAUCAUAACCGUCAACGGUUUGCUGGAUGCUGAGAUCCAAGAUCUCCACGUCUUUGACGUCUCAGCUCUUGACUCGCGAGGCAUGAGUGCCAGCGGUAAGGUCUACGUGACCAUCCUGAACAUCAACGAUCAUCCACCGCAGCUGGACGAGCUCGUCUUCAAUUUCACCGUGCCUGAGGACGCGGGGGAUGGCUACUUUGUUGGACAUGUCAACGCCACUGAUGAUGACAACUCAGACACCAUGCUCCGCUUCACCAUCGAGCGUGGCGCCCAGGACAAAUUCACCAUCGACCCCACCACGGGAGUCAUCACUGUCCUAGUCACAUGCCGUGGGGAUAUCUGCGACCAGCAACCCCUAGACCGUGAAGAGCAAGACGUGUACACAUUAACGGUCUCCGUGUCGGACCAGGGUAGCCCGCCGCUCUCAAACAGCGGCGUGGUUUACAUCUACGUCACGGACGUCAACGACUACCAACCGACGUUCCCUGCUGAUUUCCUUAACGCUGUGGUCAGUGUGUCCGAAGAUGUGGCGUUGAAUCACACCGUGAUAACAUUGGAGGCUACUGAUAUGGAUCUCGAUGCUAUGCUGACUUACAGGAUCGUAUCCAUAACUGCCACCAAUCUGCAAGGGGAACCGCUGACCAACAUCUCGGCCAUCGAAAGCUGGUUUGCCGUGGAUCCAUACACCGGUGUGGUCUACGUCGAGAACAGUUUGGACAGAGAAACGGCCGCUGAAGUCAUCCUGAAGAUAUCGGCCAAUGACAGCGCCUCGCUUGAUCCUGCGCUCAGUACCAGCAAUCCCAAUGCUAUGGUCACCAUCCAAAUCACUGACGUUAACGACAACGCACCGGUGUACCAACCACCUGGUACCACCUACAUCUACGUGACCAUUCAGGAGGAAUCCAGCAUGGGAACCAUCAUCACCAACGUGAGGGCGAUAGACCCCGACAACCCCAUCAAUGGCGAAGUGACUUAUAUGUUGAUUGGAAACCUCUCCGAGUACGUCACUAUUCAUCCCGUCACAGGUCAGAUAACAGUCAACCAGAUCAUAGACAGGGAGCUGUACGAUUGGCUGAAUUUCACCAUCAUAGCAACGGACGACGGCACGCCAUCUCUCUCAACCCCCAUCCCAAUCAUGAUCCAAAUCCUGGACAUCAACGAUCACAAUCCAAUCUUUGACCAGCCGGACUAUACCGCCACUGUCCCCGAGAAUUCCGAUGGAGUCACAUAUGUCACGGUUGUCACGGCGACAGACCAGGACUUGGGCCAGUACGGAGAGGUGACGUACACGUUGACUGGCGGGGAGGGACUGUUUACGAUCAACUCAACAACGGGUGUCAUCACCGCACUUCAACCAUUGGACCAAGAGGAACAGUCAGUGUACACACUGACGGUGAUUGCAGUGGACAAUCCUGGUGGCUCACAGACCAAUCGAAGACAGGGAUCAGCCACGGUGACAAUCACCGUAGGUAAUGUCAAUGAGUACCCACCGAUCACUCAGCCCAACUUUCCGUUUGACAUACCGGAGGGUCAACCCGGGGGAACGCUAGUCGGUGUCAUAGACGCUACGGACCCUGAUGAUCCCAUGCAGGAACUCAACUUCACUUUCAUCUUCGUCGAACCUCCAGAUGGUGACGUCCUGUUUUACAUCAACCAAACUACUGGAGAGAUUUUCACCACCAUGCCCCUUGACGCUGACAACGCUACGUACGGAAACACCUUCAAUAUUACAAUAUUGAUUUCUGACAACGGUAACCCGCCACUGACUACCACUACAACCACCAUCAUCACCAUUCAGGAUACCAACGACAAUGAUCCGCUGUUCCCUAACGGGCCCUAUGACCUCACGACCUCGGAGGCGACGCCAGUGGGUAACCAGGUUACCGUGGUAAUAGCAGAGGACAUUGAUCAGAAUGCAGUGCUGACGUACAGUAUUGUGGAUGGCAACUUGAACGGGACGUUCUUUAUCAAUCCUACCAACGGAGAGAUACUAAUCACCAAACCGUUAGACUUUGAGACGCGCACCAUGUACAACUUGACAGUGCAAGUCUCAGACCAAGACGGCAGGACUGGUACCACGUACGUAGUCAUUCGUAUCAUGGAUGCUAACGAUCAGGGACCAGUCUUCCUCAGCCAGCCGUACUUGUUUGAUGUCAACGAGAAUGUGGAUAUCGGAACUGAGAUCGGUCUUAUCGAGGCAGUCGAUGCGGACCCAGACCCCUCCAACUCCCAGCUUACCUACCACAUACUGAGCAGUGUCCCUGCCAAUGCGCCGUUUGCCAUUAAUGAAACCACGGGAGUGAUCACCAGCAGCGGGGCGCUGGAUAGAGAGCUACAGGACAGCUAUAUGCUGACGGUGGAGGUGCGAAACGUUCGCUUUGUGCCCGGCGGAGAGGAUGUCACCUAUAAACUGUCGACCCCGGUGACAAUCACCAUCCUAGACCUGAACGACAACAUCCCGAUCUUCAGCGGUGGUGAUAACAUCACUCGCACCUUCCCUGAGAACUCGGAGAUUAAUUUCCCCAUCUACCAGCCAUCUGCUCAAGACAACGACAUUGGAGAAAACGGCCGCGUGACCUACUCGAUUGUCUCUGGGAACGUGGAAAAUACUUUCAGCAUCGACCCACAGACUGGAGCCAUCCUCCUAGCCCGGCAGAUCCAGACUUUGACCAACCCCACCUACGCCUUUACCCUAGUGGUGGAAGCGAGGGACAAUGGUGACCCGUCCUUAUACAGUAACAUCACCAUCAACGCAGUGGUGGGCGAUUACAACGACAAUGCGCCGCAGUUUGUCACGCCGAUCCAGGGACAGACUUUGUUCUUACCAGAGAACGAGCCAAUAGGAUUCCAGAUUGCCCCGGUCCUAGCCGUAGACAUUGACAGUGGAGCCAACGGCCAGGUGACCUACGGCUUCCAUAAUGAGGAGAGCGCCAGGCUUUUCUAUUUCCAGCAGGAGGGUGACACCACGUACCUGUAUGCCAACUUCUCUGCUGAUCGUGAGACCAAAGAUCAAUACAAUCUUGUUCUUCUGGCGACGGAUGGAGGCACUCCCAACCCCCUACAGACGCCUUUGGAAGUAACUGUAGUCAUCCUGGAUAAGCAAGACAAUGAGCCGUUCUUUGUCAGAGUGGAUAACGUCGCCAUUGUACAACAACUGAACGUGACUGAGCAUUCUAACGUCAAUGUGUCAGUCGGGAUUGUGACUUUAGCUCAAGAUCAUGACCUGCCUCCUAAUGAUGUCAUCUACUAUUACAUCGUCGGUGGAAACGACAAAGGCCUGUUUGGAAUCAACAGCACGACCGGUGAGAUCAUCAUCCUAGGAGAUCUGGACCGUGAGACCAUCGCGACCCACAACCUACUCAUCAAGGCGACAAACAACGCCAGCUAUGUCCCGUCAGGGAUCUACGACAUCUCCAAGGAUGUGUCUCUCAAGGAGGUGCUGAUAACAGUUGGGGAUAUCAACGAUAAUGGGCCAAAGUUUACUACGGUGCUCUACACGGCCGGCAUCCCCCUGGACGCCGAGAUCAACACGCAGGUCACCUGCAUCAAAGCAACUGACCUGGAUCUCGGGGGUGGGGGCGCUAUCACCUACGGUAUCCAAUCAGCUACCUUUGUUCUGGGCCAGGACCAGACGGCCUCUAACGACAUCUUCUACAUCGAUGAGAACUCGGGCUGCAUUCGAACCCGGAACCUACUGAACGGAAUCACGGCCGGGGGCUACUUUGAUCUGACGGUGACGGCUACGGACAAGAUCGCUGGGCUGGGUGAUACCGCCCUCGUUAGGAUCUUUGUGUUGGAUAACAACCAGCAGGUUGUAGUCGUUGUUGAUUCAGACAUAGACACCGUCACGCAGCUGCAGGACCAACUUGUCCAGAUUAUCAGUAACAUCACGGGUGGUGUAGUCAACGUGGAUUCAAUCACAUACUACAUCGAUGCCAACGGUAACACAGUUAGGGAUAAGACGAUGAUCGUACUGCACGUCAUAGACCCAGAAACCAACUCGCUAGUCGAUGCCAACAUUGUGCUGAGGUUGAUCGAUGAGAAUCGAAUGAGUAUUCAGGUGUUACUCCAGCGGUAUGGCGUUGUCGAUGUCUAUGCUCUGAUGGGUGGUGUAGGCGGGGCGGGCUUUGGCAUCAUAGAGAUUGCUCUCCUAGCCAUUGCCUUACUGCUCUUCCUAGGAGCUCUCAUCUUCAUCAUCAUCUUGUGCUGUCUACAACGGAAGUUAUUGAAGAAGAUUCAUGGGAACAGCCCCGCUGUGAUCUAUGCAACCAGAGCUGAUGCUGACGUCAAGGAAACUGCUACCUAUCAAGGGUCCAACCCACUUUGGCUGGAGACAGAGGGCGGUCUCCCUGAUGAUUGGCCAGACAGUAUUUCGCUUCUAGGAGGGGGUGCGGCCAGAGAGUACGAAUCACAGGAAGCCAGCAUGGAUUUCUUCUCAGACAUCCAGCCUGAGAUUGCUCGAGACGCCCUGGUCAUGACAGCAAUGGUCAGUGAUGGUCAGUCAGCCUCCACUCGAUCCAAGACGAUCUCCAACGGCGGUGUCAGCAGCGGCAGGGUUGGCUCAGAUAAAGCCCAGCUGCGCACGGUGUCGUCCACAGGUCCUCUCAUCCUGGACAGUGCUAACAUGGAUGGGUCUGUCAGUACCUUGACCAAUCGCAUCAACCGCGACGGGUCAGUCUCGGCCAAUCUGACCGGUCAGGAGGGCGGGUAUUCAGCAUCCGGCGCUGCUUACAGCUACUCCUCAGCUAGCUUCAGCGGGGGACCGUCAACCAGCAAGAAGCUGACUAGUGAGAAGGCUCACGAGAUCCGCCAGAUGCUUGAGGAGGACCAAGGAGUUGAGACCUAUCUGGAGGACGAUAUGUACAGGGAUCAGAACACCUUGGCUGCCGCCCGAGCAAGCUACCGGGAGCAGGUGGAGUUUGAUAACCAACUCAGUCCGAUCACCGAGGAGGAUACCGCAUCCUCGUGGUCAUCCUGGACUCGGGAUAGCGAGAGAUCUGGGGCUAGGUACGCCGCACUUGGGAGUCUGGAUCGCAACCGCACUACAGACCGACCCAGUAAGGACUACGCCGACCCUAUGAACAAUUUCACAACCUCUACCAGCAUCGAGGAGAGCUACUCGCGCUCAGUCAAGAGCCCAAGCAAAACCGAAUCGUCAUCCUACUCGCGCCGAGCCAACUCCAAGACUUACCCAGCUGGGGUAUCCACAAGCAUCGGAAUGGUAACCCUGACGGAAGAAACUCCAGAUAUGAUCGAUGACGAGGAAUCAGAGACGUCAUCUGUGGGGGGAGCCGGUAAGACCUACACCUACAACAUCAUGGGAGAUAGCAGUGAGGGCGCUCAUUCCAUGUCCGGUGGCUCGUCAGGGCACAGCGCCCCCAAGAGGGCCACAGAGACCAGCACCAUGAACUUUUCGCAUGAGGGAGACGACACGGAUGAGGUCAUAGAGGAACGAGAGGUCCGACGCUCCAUGAAAACAACACGGGGUUACACCAACAGCGGAUACGACAACUUCAUGGAUGAAGAAUCACGCCUGUAAGAUCUUAACAAUUCACUGCCUUGUAGCCAUCACAAAGAAUGCCAUUCAGAACUAAUUUUAAGCCGUGUUCCAAACAGGAUUUGCUGUCAAUGGCUAUGACUUUUCACUGUAAUGUUCCAAUGGUAACAUCUAAAAAGCCACAGUCAUAGAAUACCAAAUUCUAAUAUCUUUUUCACGUCUUGCAAUGUGUAAAAGUUACAUAACUCCAAAACCUAAAAUUUAAUAUCUUGUUUACCUAGGCUACUCAAAGCUUUCUUUAUUCAAACUUUUUUGUUUUGUUAUACCAUUGAGCUAUACCAUUCAUGAUCACAAGCCCAUUUUGUGUAACAGGUGUGUGUUCCAAAGUGUAUGGGAUUUUAAGUUUGAGCAAUUUUGACAACAUGGUAUUUUCAAAGACCACGAUACUGGCAGUGGAAUGUUUAUAACUACCAGAUUGUAUCAUCAAGAUAGGGGUGACCAAAUGAAAAACCUGUCUGAUCAUUGAUUAAUAAGAUUUUACAUGCUUCAAUAUCUAGCUGUGUGAUAGAAUAUUUCUAAUGAGAUACCCAGAAAGAAAUAUCAGUUGUUCAAUAGUUGGUGUUUGCUUUUCUUUUGAUUACAAUUAUGGUGCAUAAUAAUGUAUUAGUUAUCAAGCCUAAGUUGUAUUUGUUUAUUGUUAUAAGCUAUGAAGUAUUUACAUUUAUAAAUAUAUAGUAAGCUAUUUUAUACGUUGCAGUACUUAUAAAGUACUAGUAUUUGGUGUUGGGUGAUAUUUGACAGGAUUAACAGAUGUAUAUUUGGGAUUUUGCUGGCAAAUACUUUGUGUAUAUGACGUUCCUGUAAAAUAUGAAUGUACUAUUUGGUAUGUCUAGUUUUUAUGACUUGAAAUUUUCAGUGCAGUAUAAUUUUUUUUAGUAAUAUCUGUAAUGUAUUUAUUCAGUUCUUAACGUCGCUUUUAAACUGCAGCAGGGGUAACUUGCUUUUGAGAUAGUGGUUUCAAUUAAAUGCCGUAUUUGUGUAAAAUUUCAUAUUAAUAGUUUAUAUUUUUGAUGUAUAGUUGUGCAAAAUAUUGCAUGAUUUUGAAAACCCGCAGGAAGAUCUUGUAAGAAUUUAUUUUGCAUGACAAUGACUAUGAACUGGUAAAAUUUGUGAUCAGAACCUACUUGAUACCACAGUUCAUCAGAACCCCAUGUCAUGGCGCUGCUUAGCUUAACAGUUAGCAGAAAAGUUGCGCUAACUAUCGCAGAAAAUUGUGCCAACCGUAAGCACAAUUUCAUGACGUGGAAGGCUAAUGGUUGUGCGCAUGGAGAUUUCUAUUGUUACGCCACUGAUUUAAGCAACCUUUUCCUCUGAGGUAAUUAAAAGGGUCCCUUUCGCUGUGCUUACUGCUUACGGUCUACAUGAAAUAAACAGAGUCUCUGUUAGCAAAAAUCGUGUGCUUAGCAGCGAGGUUAUGAAAUUGGGCCCAGGUUACACCGGAUAACAAUGCUAGUGACAGAACAUUUCAGUAUACAUCUGUGGCAUAGUUCAGUGAUAUUGUACUGCAAAUUUUGACAGAAAGUUUAACGACAGAACCAAAAUGCCAUAAAUUUCUUCAGUCAAUCCGAUUCCAGAUUUUUCAGAUGUCAUGACAAAGGCUACGGCAUUUUACAACUUUGUGUAACUGCUAAUACCAUUCAAGAAUUGUUUUUGUAAAUUUGCAGCUUACUUUGUAUUUUUGUUUAAACGAACUUUCAUGCUCGAUAUUUUUGUUUUUGUGCGAUAUUUAAAAUAUUGAAAUACAUUUGUAACCAGACUAGAUGUACCUGUGUUUUCUCCCUACCAUUUUGUACAAGCUAAUGUCACACACUUUUACUACUAGAACAACUCAAUUAUUUGUAUAUUUUGUUCAAUGCACAUUUUAAAUGAAAGGUAAUUUGUAGAAAUGUUGGUCAGAAUUGACAUGUACAUAAAAGUCCUUUUUUUUGGACAAGACCUUUAAGUCAUUAUUUUCAGAUAACCAAGUCUUGUCAAAGCUUAGAAAAUAACUGCUUUAAAUGUACUGUUUUUAAUGCAUGAUAUAAUUAAAGUAUGGCCAGACAUAGGCCAAGAGCUUAUCAAGGGA